AGCAGCGGCCCAUGUGACUUCUGACGUUUCAGACGAGUCCUGCUAAAAAGAAUUUGAGGGAAUGAUCCCGCUGUUCACCAAGGGGAUCCACGGUGGCUUCCUGACGUCCGCUUUAAGGAAGUCCGAAAGUUAGCCUGCUUACCGAUUGACUUUCUUAUCCGGUAGACUGACUCGUGAUGUCUGGCGAACAGAAGGAGGGACAGGAGGCUAUGAACGUAUACUCCGUAACCCUCAGCGGCCCAGCGCCGUGGGGCUUCAGGCUGCAGGGUGGCAAGGACUUCAGCAUGCCCCUCACCGUGUCCAGGCUGACCCCAGGUGGUAAGGCGGCUCAGGCCGGCGUUGGGGUGGGAGACUGGGUGGUGUCCAUCUGUGACUCCAAUGCAGAGGACAUGACCCAUGUGGAGGCACAAAACAAGAUCAGAGCAGCAACAGACUCCCUCACCCUCACCCUCAGCAAAGCUUUCAAAGCGGGUGGAGACCAGAAGGACUCGCUUGCUCCGGCUUCUGUUCAACCAAAGUACUCCUUUGCCCCCAGCACAACCAUUAACAAGAUGGCGAGGCCAUUUACAGCAGGUGGUGGUAGUGCCAACUCAGGACCUGCUAUUAAACCUGUUGCCUACUCGCCUAAACUUAACACUCCACGCUCACAGGGCCGUGCCAGUAUGCAGCAGCCACAGAAUGGCCUUGAGCCAACUCCCUCACCUGCCAAGGCCCAGGCAGCAGAUAAACCAGAUGGUUCCAAGACUGCAGCUGUGGCAGCAGGCAGUUCAGGUCCCUCCUGCCGACCACCGUGGGUCACCGACCCUAAUUUCGCUGACCGCUAUCGCCCGGACAAGACCAGCACCGUCGUAACCCAGCACCAGCAGCCGGCCCAGCCCACGCCCAUGCAGAACCGCAGCUCCAUCCUGCAGGCGGCUCAGCAGGCGCCCGAGGACAGCGGGAGGACCCCAGUGUGCGGCGCCUGCAACAAAAUCAUCAGGGGUCGGUACCUGGUAGCGCUGGGGCGUUCUUGGCACCCGGAGGAGUUCACGUGUUCGCAGUGUAAGGCGGUCCUGGACGAGGGGGGCUUCUUCGAGGAGAGGGGGUCUGUCUACUGCACCAAGUGCCACGAUAACCGAUAUGCUCCUAACUGCGCCAAGUGCAAAAAGAAGAUCACUGGGGAAAUCAUGCACGCCCUGAAGAUGACCUACCAUGUUCAGUGUUUCAAGUGUGCGGCCUGCAAGACUCCUAUUAGGAACCAAGCUUUUUACAUGGAGGAGGGCGAACCCUACUGUGAGAGAGACUAUGAGAAGAUGUUUGGCACCAAAUGCCACGGCUGUGACUUUAAGAUUGAUGCCGGGGAUCGGUUCCUGGAGGCCUUGGGCUACAGCUGGCACGAUACGUGCUUCGUCUGUGCUCUCUGCCAAAUCAACCUGGAGGGGAAGACGUUCUACUCGAAGAAGGAUAAGCCCCUGUGCAAAGGCCACGCUUUUGCUCCAGUGUGAGAGAUCGAGCUUCAUCUUCAGAGGAAGGAACACUUGUCUCUCUCUCUCUCUCUCUCUCUCUCUCUCUCUCUCUCUCUCUUGCUGUCUCUGUCUCUCCCUCCUCCUUACCCCCUCUCCACCCUCUCCACCCUCCGGGCACCCUUGUACACAUUCUACAUCUCCUCUUUGCAAACCACACACCUAGUUAAACUCGGUCAAUUUUUCUAUCCUGCCGACUUUGCUCCUGCGUUUGAGGCUUAACGCUACCUUCGCGUACUGUUACUACACCGUGCUGUUAGGACAGUUCAAAUGUUACUGCCUGUAAUACUGAAUGCUGAGUUGUGUAACUGGAAGUAGUCAAGGAAUUAUUUCAUAUCAUGUCACUAACUUGUUGACUUUUAAGUUGUUGAUAGAUUGGACGUUAAAAGAUCUAGCUUUGAUUGUAGUUAGUGAAAAAUCCUCAUGACUCCACUAAUCUUGUCCUUGUUCAGUCUGAAGUAAGAUCAAGUCAGUAUCUUUCAAGUUGGAGGAGUCAUUGAGCCUCUAACGAUGUCACAUAUUGCAGUAAUGAUCCAUCACUACUCCCGCGCUAAGUGUGGAGAAGUGGUGGCCCCAUUCAGGACCCUGGCCCACUCACCCUCUCUCGCCGCAGUGCCUAUUAACAUAAUGGGGGUCUAGUUGAGCAGAGAGAGGGGAGGUGGGGGUGAGGUGUCCCAUUUCUGCUUGACUGGACCUCUCCACAGAAGCACCAACUGCUUAACUUAUCACUUAAGCUCUGGCGAAUCAGAGCUCACACUGCAGGUAAUAACUGUAAUUUUUGAGUUAUGCAGUAAUCCACGAAUUGAUCCAAUUUUAAAGGUCGCACAUGUGGGUGAUGGAGAAAGGGGCUUUUAAUGUUUUUUAAUGUUUCACACGGCGUUGAAAUGAUCAUCAUUUAUUGGACAUUUUAAUGUAAGGGGAAAAAAAAUCUUACGGUGUUUGUGUCCCUCUUCUUACUAUGAUAUUGUGAUUAUUCCUUAGAGUACUUUCAAGCCAUCGUUUAUUAUGUAUUUAUAUUGCUUCAGAAUGGGCCUGUAAGUGAUGUUUUUAUAGUUGCUGGACGUUUCAAAUAAAAUAAUUUAGUAAUGCCAUGUGCUGUGACUGAA